UUUCUUUAUAAGAGAGUAAGGGCCGGGUAGUCUAUACCAUGUUCUCUUUUUUGGUUUGCUAUAUCGUGCAUGUGGAAGGUGAAUAAACUGAUUGGUGGCCGUGGGUUAUACCAUGGGAUUUCAAUUAAAGCCCGUGGUUAUACCUGUUAAAAUGCAAGCUGAAUUUACGUACUCAAAAAGAAAAUGAGAUGUGUCUUAGCCUGAGAUAAAAAUCACAAUACAUGUAUUGAUAAAACAAAUUUGUUUUAAAGGUCGGUUUGGGAAUCAAGCUGAUCAUUUCCUGGGUACACUUGCAUUUGCCAAGGGGCUGGACCGCACCCUCAUACUUCCUCCAUGGGUAGAGUACCACCAGGGAAAGCCAAGAUCUGUACAAGUUCCAUUUGACCGCUAUUUCAAAGUGAAGCCAUUGGAAGAGUACCUGCGUGUUAUCACCAUGGAGAAAUUCAUGAAGGAACUAGCGCCAUCUAUCUGGCCAGUUGGAAAACGAACAGUUUUUUGUUAUGGACCAAGAGAAAAGCUGAAUGGUGGAACUACUCCAAGUUGCAAUGCAAAAGAUGGCAACCCAUUUGGCUCAUUCUGGGACACUUUCAACAUUGACUUUGAUGCCAGUGAAUUUUAUGGACCUCUAUUUUAUGAUGUUAAACAUCCACAAGUUGUUCAGCAGUGGAAUGAAAAAUACUCACCAAAGAAGUUUCCAGUUUUGGCAUUUACUGGUGCCCCAGCUGGGUUCCCUGUACAUGAAGAGCAUGUUCAACUGCACAAAUAUCUCAAAUGGUCAAAUUUUAUAAACGAUAAGGCAGAAAGAUUUAUUCGUGAGAACAUUCCAAACAAAGGAAAAUUCCUUGGGAUUCACAUGAGAAAUGGAGUUGAUUGGGAGCGGGCGUGUGAACAUGUCGGAAUGCAAAAGUUAUUUGCCUCACCCCAAUGUCUUGGAUACUUUAAUGAAUAUGGAAAGGAAGUAACAAAAGAGAUGUGCUUUCCAUCAGAAAAAACUGUUUUAGCUCAAAUAAAAAAGGCGGCAAAAACUAUCAAAGCUAGCAGCAUAUUUGUAGCCACAGAUGAUAAGCCAAUGUUGGAUAAGAUCUCUAAACAUUUGAAAUCAAUGAAGGUCAAGAUUGUUCAGCAUCUACCAGCAGACCCUCACGUAGACUUAGCCAUAUUAGGGAAAGCUGAUCAUUAUAUUGGAAAUUGUGUAUCAACAUUUUCUGCAUUUGCUAAAAGGGAAAGAGACUCGACUGGAAAAUCCUCUUCUUUCUGGGGGUUUGAAAGACAAGAUUUUACAGGUCACACAGAACUUUAAGUACGUGCAAUCACUCAUCAAAUGAACAGCCCUUUAGAGAAAAUAACAUUUAUUUGCCAUUAUUAUGAGGAACAUUUAUUUGCCAUUAUUAUGAGGAACCGUGUUCCACCUGAGUUUGGCAUGGCUGAUACAGUAUGAAUCAGUUGUCAGUUAUUUCAAUUCAACAUUUAAAUUCUUAAACUACAUUGCUGAUUUUACCAAGGAAUCACCAAAUAUAUUGCGAUUUUGAUUUGGCCACAAGGUGGAAAAGAACCGGCGUCACUAGGACUUUCACAUAUCUGAAUAUGAUAAAUGAUCAACAAAAAACAUUUUAUGGGUAAUUUGGAUGUUGAAUGCUAGUAACUCACUUAAGUGAGCAGAUUGUCAAAUGAGACAGUGUUUGUCUGUUACAAUUAGUGGCUCCUAUAAACUUUGAGAAAUCUCCAAAUACUCAUUAACCAAAUGAUAAUGCUACCCCAUUGGUUUAUUAUAGUGCAGAACUGCUUAAACUGCUCAUUCACUGCUCAUUCUGCAUCACACAGGAGUGUCAUGUUAUCAUAUAAAGAUUUAGAUCUUCUCUUCUUUGUAAUUGAGGUACAAACCUUCUUCAUGUGUAGUGACUGUAUUACUUGUUCACCAGAAAUCCACAUUGCGUACUUUAGAAACAGCAAUUACAGAAAAGUGCUUUCAUAGAAAACUUGGUGAGUUUUGCCACGUUUUGUAUUGUAAAUUGUUUAAGUUAUGUCAUUUUCUAAAACUAUUUGUUUGUGAUAUACUUUUGAAAAAUCUUUGUAGAAAUUAUUUGUAAUAAAAAAAGCAUAACUAAGCUUACUUUUACAAAUAUCAUCUUGCUUUUGAUAACAUUUUUUUAUUAUGUUUUUACCUGACCAUCAAAGAGUGUUGACAUGUUGUUAUAGCCUCCAAUAUUCCGUGGAUGGUGUUGACAGUCAUCAU